AUGGCAGGGCACUUCAACCUCAGUAUAAUUCCUGACAGGGUGGGGGUCCCAGAAUCUAGGGUAUCAGGCUUUGAGAAAUUCGAAGCUCCGGAUCCUGCGGAAUGGACAGCCCGUGGGUACGCUAUUGUAAAUGUAGAUUCCCGAGGGGUUUAUGACUCCGAAGGAGAUAUUCGGUGGCUGGGCUCCGCAGAGGGUCGAGACGGGUAUGAUGCCGUGGAGGAAAUUGCCAAAAUGCCGUGGUGCAACGGCAGCGUUGGGCUUGUCGGUAAUUCAUGGCUAGGCAUGGCUCAGUGGUUCAUCGCAGCCGAGCAACCACCCCAUUUGAAAUGUAUUGCACCAUUGGAAGCUGCAAGCGACAUGUAUCGUGAGCUCUUGUGCCGUGGUGGCAUACCUCAAUGGCCCUUCUGGGGGUUCUUAGCUGAGACAAUGUGUGGUCGAAACCGUCAAGAAGAUGUGAAGGGGAUGCUCGACGAAUAUCCUCUCAUGAACGAGUAUUGGGAGGAUAAGAGAGCUCAAAUCGGCCGUAUCAAUGUUCCGGCCUACAUUCUAGCGAGCUAUUCCACCCUUCUCCACACCAUGGGGUCUUUCCGAGGAUAUGAAGAGCUCGGGAAUAAGCGGAAAUGGUUGCGAGUGCAUCCAACACAAGAGUGGUUUGACCUUUAUCAAACCAGCACAAAUGAUGAACUCCAAAUGUUCUUCGAUAGAUACAUGAAAGGCAUUCAGAAUGGCUGGGAAGAAACUCCAAGGGUGCGGGUUUCUCUUCUACAGUUUAACCAACCUAUCGUGAACUACCCUUUUGACACCUGGCCCGUUCCCACAACUAGAUACGAGACUCUAUACUUGGCUAAAGAUGGGACUUUGUCCAAAAAGGCACCGUUGCGAGCCGAUAUGCUGUCGUACCAGUCGGAUGUCAGAAGUUUACAGAUCGAUUCUGAUAGCGAGGAGCUUCGGUUCGAGUACACUUUUCCUCGAAAGACCUGCUUUCUGGGCUGCUCGCGUACUUUGCUGAGAAUGUCUUGCCCGGAGUACGAUGACAUGGAUGUUUUCGUACAACUGCGGAAAGCGGACAGGGAUGGACACAUCUUGCAAAACAUCAACAUUCCUUUCCAAGCUCUGGAAAAAGGUGCCGAGGAAAUUGAAAGCGUCAAUCCUCUCAAAUAUCUUGGCCCAACUGGCGCUCUUCGUGCGAGUCACCGUGCGAUUGAUCCAAAGUUGUCGACGCCUUUUUGGUCCGAGCACGAUUAUACUUCUCGAGAACCUGUGGAGCGAGGAGACAUAGUCACGAUGGACAUCGGCAUAUGGCAAACAGGUAUAGUCUUUGACGCCGGUGAAAGACUGGUACUCAAGGUUUCAGGCCAUAACAUGACACUUGCUGAGUUCACUGCACUACGGGAGCAGUUGACUGCUGCCAAUGUGGGCCGACAUGUGCUUCAUGUUGGAGGAACAAAUCAAAGUCGCUUAAUGAUCCCACUAGUGGAAAUUGAUCAUGAUAGUGGGUGA